AUGUCAUUCUAUGAUACAGACGCGAUCCUGACCGACGCGCAAAAACUCCCAUGCACAUUCAACCUCGAUGUGCCUGGUCUAGGCUAUCUCGAUGGCAAUCCGGGCGAGGCCAUAGCAGCCAAUACGAAACUUGAAUUGCCACUAUGGCUCGGCAUGAUGCUGACUGUUGCCAACGCUAACAACCCAACAAAGCCACCCCUCGUAACCCUCGACUUCCCCGCUCCCCUCCAAUCCCGCGUCAUGAACGCCCUCGAAGCAGAUCCUAAAUCCGUCGACCUACGCGCCCAAUCACCACAUUUCUACAGCCUGGGCGCUCGAGUCCUGGAACUCUUCGAGGACGAAGCCGUGGUCGGGGUGCUACUGAAGACGUUCGCGAUGCGAGCGGCGGAGAUUGCGGAUCACGCGAACAAUCCCAGUGGAGCGUUGGGUGGUGGGGAGGGGGCGGAGUUCUUGAGGGGGUUGGAUGAGAUGGAGAGAGAUUUGUUUAGGAGGGCGCAUGAGGGUGGGAAGGGGGUCAGGGGUUGGGUCGUUGGGCUGAAGGGACUGGGAUAG